AGCAAAGUCCUCCUGAGUGCUGACGUUUGCGGUCACCUGCCGCGUGUCCUUCGGUGUGGAUUAUUGUGCAAAGUGUGAGAGUGUGAAACGCGAGUGAAAAGUGAAUAGCAUCUGGUACGGUUCGAGAGCGACCGGGUGCCAACGCGCCAACGCCAGCAUGGAUGAUGCUGCACGGUCAGGAAUGUCAAAGGGCCUCACGUGUCGUGUAGCGUGCGAUUGAAGCGAGCAGCACCGGAAAACGUAUACCACGAGGAUCCAGUGUGAGCGUGCGUGUGUGUGUUUGUGCGUACGUGUGAGUGGGAGUGUGCGCGCUCAGCUAUACCACCAACGCCUGCUAGAUGUCGACGCGAAGGGCGCAAAGUGAAUGAAUGGAACGAAUUUAAAAAAAAGCAGAAGAAAAAAACACCUUCUCAAGCAAUAACUCAACUUCCAGCGAAGGCAGCAGUAGCAGCAUUUAAGGCAACAGCGGCAGUGACGAGAAGUGCUCGAAAGGUGCUUUCUUUGGUGGCAACUACGAAACUAGGCUUCUAUCGCUUAUGGCACGAUUGUAAAAGAGCAUGCCCACCCGCACACGCCCCAGCCGAUAGAGGGUGACCGCGAGAAGGAAGUACGCGAGAGCGAGCAGAAAACGAACGAGAGAGAGAAAAAAUGGAGAUACGGUACACGAUGUCAAAACGAAGGCGAUUAGGCAACGGAUGGUUUAGUUCAUUUAUGUUUUGCUUUCUGGCGCUCGGAGAGCUAAUGUCAAAUGUUUGCAGCUUGAAAGACCUAAAAAUAUUCGUCCCAGAAGCGGUCAUCGUGGGCAACGCGGCAACGUUAUCAUGUCAAUUCGAGCUGGAAAAGGCAACACUCUACUCCGUGCGAUGGUACUUCGAGGGUGAAGAGUUCUACCGCUACGUUCCGAAGGAAGCGCCGCCGGCUCGCACAUUUCCCGUCUCUGGCAUAACGGUGGAUGGUACGCAAUCGGAUGCCACCUCGGUCACGCUGCGUGGAGUCACCCGCGAUCUAACCGGCCAGUUCCAGUGUGAGGUGUCCGAGGACGCGCCACUGUUCCACACCGACAUCCGGCAGGCUCGCAUGCAAGUCGUUGAGCUGCCAAAGGACGACCCGUUCAUGAAGCUGGAGCGAACGCACAUCACCACGCUGGACCACUUCCGGGCCGAGUGCACCGUGGGGACUUCCUUCCCGGCGGCCAACAUUACGUGGUACAUCAACACAAAGCGGAUCCAUCGAUCACCGUAUCAGCGCAUCACGUACCGUUCGUACGAAGGCACGGCCACCUUCUCGGCACUCGAGAUGUUCCCGCACAGCCAGGUACUGCAGGACAUCUACCAGACCAUGCCACCGUUCCACACGAGCCUCACCGUCAUGUGUGAGGUUUCGAUCCUGCACAUCUACACCAAGAGCGCCCAGCAGCGGAUCCUGGUGAGCGAUCUCGUGACGACCAUCUCACCGAACCUGCUCGGGCUGGAUGGGUCGAACAAUCGGCGGAAAAACAACGGCGAUCCGGAUAACUCACCCCUAACCGGUCGGGCUGGCCAGUCGGUGUUCCUGCGCGGUUCCGCCAACCUACCACCACUGGUUGUUCUACUGCUCGUGCUGCAUCGGAUCGGUGGGCACGUGGACCGUCUGCCCGGGUUGUGA